CGUAAAUAUGCGUCACUCUGACCUGGAACAACCAGGAAGUUGUUUACCGUCUACGGGAGUGCCUCGACAAGUCUUCUGGUGAAGUGAUCAACUGCUACGCAGCAAGAUUACGUUGACCUGGAAUUGUAGUGGGCAAGUCUGCACCAACGGUCAGCACAAUGGCGUUCCGCGACGUUUGCAUCCUCCUCAUGCUGCUCCUCGCACUGACGUACGGCGAGCAUGUAAAAUUUCUGGAUUGUGGCUCUUCCGUGGGUAAGGUGGCCCUGGUGGACAUUCACCCCUGCCCCAAACAGCCCUGCCAGCUGCAGAAAGGCCACUCCUACGCCGUCAACGUCACCUUCACCAGCGGGGUGGCGAGUCAGACCAGUAAGGCGGUGGUGCACGGCGUGAUCGCUGGGGUGCCGAUCCCCUUCCCCAUCCCUGUAGAGGACGGCUGCAAGUGCGGCAUCUCUUGCCCCAUCCAGAAACAGACCAGCUACAACUACGUCAACCAGCUGCCCGUCAAGACUGAGUACCCCAAGAUCAAGCUGGUGGUGGAGUGGGAGCUUCGGGACGACUCGGGCAAAGACCUGUUCUGCAUCAAGUUCCCCGUGCAGAUCGUGAGCUAAAGACCUGGUCUGCAUCAAGUUCCCCCGUGCAGAUCGUUAGCUAAAGACCUGGUCUGCAUCAAGUUCCCCCGUGCAGAUCGUGAGCUAAAGACCUGGUCUGCAUCAAGUUCCCCGUGCAGAUCGUGAGCUGAGCCCACAGGCAGCUCUGGAGGCGUCUGUGUCUUUGAGAGACUCUCAGUUUUGUAUGACCAGAGAUUUUUAAGAUUUAAAUUCUAAUUUUUAUUCCCACCUGUAGAUUUUUAACGGUUAAUCGUUGUUUACAUGCAUUUGAAUGGUUUGGUGAUGAAACCGAUGACAUGUUGCUGAACUGCUUACGUCCAUACUGCCAAACUGGAGUGAUUGAUGUGGAUCAAUGUGAGAAUGCCGGUGGUGUGUGUGUGUAGGGGGGUGUGUGUGUGUGUGUGUGUGUGUGUGUGUGUGUGUGUGUGUGUGUGUGUGUGU